AUGGAUCAAGAAACUGCUCAAGCACUUUUUGACAAGGGAGCAUUUCUAGUAUUCCUGAACGCUCCAGAAGGAAUGGAGUUCGGGAUCGAUUGCAAUUCAUGGCAGAUUGGGCCCAAGUUUAUGGGGGUCAAAUUGAUACCUCCAGGAUUACAUUAUGUGCACUACAGCGUAUCAGCAAAUUCGAGCGUUGGUUUGCGCAAUGGGUUUUUCAAGUUUUAUGAAGAAAGAGAGAUCGUAAUAAAAGAAUGGGAUUCGACUAGAGAAGAUGUCAAGAAUGACUUUGAAAUUGAACAAGUUCAAAAAGAACGAAUUGCUUCAGACAUGCGUCGACUAGACCCAUACCUCGGAGCAUAUCCUUUAUCUCCACCAACUACGUGGCGGAAAUGGGUUCAUCUCACUGAUUUCAUCAGCCGUGCACUCAUCUCUCGGGUGCUUCCUUGUCAAGGCAAGAUAAACAAUAUAUCAGAUUCUAGUAUCGACGAAGAGGAGAUUGCACACCUGGGUAAACAUGGAAUGGCUAAUAGGGAGACUGUUGGGUUGGAAGAGGAGGGAGCGAUUGCAGAAGCCUCUGUGGCAGCGCAGAGUAUGCAGAACGAGGAGGUUAACGAGAUUACAAAAAUCGAUACACAAGAAGCUAGGAUAGAAUUCACCAAAUUUGAUCUUAAAAAAAGUUGGAGACAAGGUGCAAUUGGUACGGAAAUUACAAGAUAUGCACAGGAUAAAAGUUGGCUAUUGCGUGAUUUAUUGGAAAGAGUUUACAACAAAGAUCCAAAGGAGUUACUUGGUGAACUGCAGCUGGCCUUUGUAUGUUUAUUGAUAACCGAAAAUUUUGCUGGAUUGACUCAGUGGAAGUCGUUGAUACAAUUGGUAUGCUCAUGUCAAGAAGCGCUAGAACAGUAUACAGAUACUCUUUUUACACGAUUUUUAGAUGUCUUAUCAUACCAGUUGGAAGAAUGCCAGACGGAUUUCUUUUACGAAAUCGAAAUGGACAAAAGCUUUCUCCUGCAUGCGCUGAAGAUUGUAAUUCUUUAUUUCGUACCACUCCAGACAUUAUCGCGAAACAUUGAUUCAGUCUAUUCGACUUCUGCAACCCCGCAAAAAUUGCACACGUUGAAACGACGGUUUGAAAACUUCCGUGCAUUUCUUGACAAGAAAUUCAACUGGACAUGGGUAAGGGAAAGUCGAGACGAAGAUGAAGACGAAGGAGAAUAUGCACCGGUGGUCGUCGAGUUGGACGAGGAUGGUGGCUUCGAUGUGUAA